UAUUGUUUAUUUGUUUAUUUAUUUUCAUUUUUUUGGUGCUUUUUGGGUUAUUUUUUUGAAUGAAAAGUUGAGAAGGGUAAUGAUUCAGUGAUAAUGGUCAAUCAUCGGUCAGACAGUUCGAUUAUUUUAUGGAAAAUUAUGGAUCAUGGUGAAGAAGAAUCAAAGUUCGUUGCGUUCAAGAUAUUUCAAUAAAUUGCAGGAAUUACUUAAUCGAAAAAGUUGAUAAAAAAGAGGAAAAAGAAAACGAAACAAAAAAAAAAAAUAUUUCAGCCUGAAAGUGUGAAUGAAAGAGAAAGAAAAAAACUGAUCAUUAUUAUGUGCGAGAAAUUUUAAUUAUUUUAUCGUAAAAAAGAGUGGGUGAUGUUGAGAUAAAGUUGGAAUCUCAUUACCUAUUCAUUAUUUGCAACUCGGGUCGGCUGUCACAUCAUAGAUGCCAUCAAUUUUCCAUACACCGAGUCACUUCAAUGAUCCUAAGCAAUGAGGUAUGGAAUGAUCACACUCAUCAAUGUGAAACAGCUAAAAAUCAAAUUUAAAUUAUUCAAUUUAAUGAGUAUAAUUUGAUUGCCAAGAUAUAACACAGAUAAAAUGUUAAAUUUUUAAAUUAUACUAUUCAAAAUGACAUGAUGAAUUAUGAAAGAAGAAAAAAAAAAAAUUCAUCUCGGUAGCAAACAAGCUGUUUGAUUUUUUUUUUCAAGAAAAUAUAUAUGAGGAUAUAUUGACAAAGGGUGGGAUAAUAAUGACGAAUAUUUCAAAAUGAUGUUUGAACAUCAUGUUUCACCGACCCUAUUGCCACCUGCAUUGAAUCAAAGUAUUUGUUGGUCUGAUUUUUCAACGAAAUUUUUUUGGACAAUACCAGGUGUCGGUGAAGUUAUACGUGCAACAAUUAUACUGUUUUUAAGUCUUGGUAUAUUGUUUUUAAAUUUACUUGUUAUUUGUGUUAUAAAUAGUCAAAGAUACAGUAAAUAUAUUCAUGCACAGCCAAAGUACCUGCUUACCAGUCUAGCCAGCAACGAUUUAGCUAUCGGUCUAUUGGUAACGCCCUUUGGAUUUUUGCCAGCAGUCUAUGGUUGUUGGCCUUAUGGUGAAGUCGUAUGUCAAAUUCAGGCACUUUUACGUGGUGCUCUUACUCAACAAAGUGCUGUAAUACUUGUCUGCAUGGCAAUCGAUCGUUAUGUGUGUAUGCUUCAUCCUCAUCGUUAUUAUCGUCACUCUUCAAAAAAGUAUUAUAUGAGACAGGGUUGUAUGGCAGUAAUGUCAACAACAUGGAUUGCCAGUAUGGCUAUUUUUGGAAUGCUCGUAUUACCAAGUGGUGGAUAUUAUUUUAACAACUCCGGUCUUCUCGCUUGUGAGCCAUUUUUUUCAAGAGCAUCAUUCAGAAUUUUAGCAUGUUGCUGUUUUUAUUUUCCAACAACAAUGGUACUGAUGUACUGCUAUGGAUCAGCAUUUCAUGUCAACAAAUUAAGACUAAAAAGAGUCGUUUGUGUUAAUGCACCAGAAGUUGUUAGCAGUGGAAAUAUUGAACGUUUGAUGGUACACGAACGAAGAUUGUCAACGUCUGUAUCAAGAACAAUGGCAGCAAUGAGUCUUGGUUUUAUUGUGAUGGUGACACCAUGGACAAUUCAGGAAGUCGUUGUUGCUUGCACAGGAAGUAAGCCACCUCCUUUUCUCGAUUUUCUGGCUACAUGGUUAGCUUUAUCAAACAGCUUUUGGAAUCCAUUUCUCUACUGGUUAUUGAACAAUCAUUUUCGACGAAUUUCAAGAGAUCUUAUUUACACCAAGAUUUUGUGCAAACAAAAACCACUUGGUCCUAAAAAAAAUUGUUGUUCAACGAGUACUGGUGGUCUUGAUGUUUGUAGCAUUGGUGGAUAUGAUUUGUCAGGAAUGGAUCGAUGCUCAAUGGAUCAUUGCUCAAUGGCGCGAUGUUCAACACCAUCAUUAGUGACUACACCACCCCCAUUACCAUGGGAAUCAAAUCAUAGCAUUUGUAAUAGUGAAAUUUCAGUGACGUGAGUCAGGAAUGCCGCCACGCAAACGGAAGAUGCAAGUUCGCCAGAAGAAGCUAGUUAGUAUCGCGUGGUGGCGAAAACAAUUAUGUUUAUUGUAAUAAUCAGACGAAAAUAUUCAAUUGUAGCUAAAAUCUAUUAUGAUUAUAUAAAGCACACACGUUUGGCUUGAAAAUACACAGAGAGAAGAAUUUAUUCUGUAUACAAAUAAAUUGAUUUAUUUUAUAUUUAUUUGAGAUAAAUGAAAAUUUAAUUAACAAAAAAUAAAAUAAAUUAUUUGA